AUGACGAACCAGAAACGACAUCCAAUCGACUUGAGGGAAGCCCUCAGCGUCACUCCUCUUCUCCAUUUGAUUCCAAAGCAGGAUAUAGCUCCGCUAGUUUCUACCAAUACCAUUCUCCAACAACCUGAUGACUCGUUCAUAGAUGCCAUGUUGCUCAACGGCCCAGCAAGGCAAACUAGAGAUGCCAUAAACCAAGACCCUCAGCGGUUCAACGAUGUUAUGACGUUUUUAUCCAACGAUUUUAGCGCCUACAAUGAUGACGAGCUCGAAGAGAUCCGCUUCAAGCUGGCCAAAACGACAGAAGACUCCACCACGACACUCUAUCCCGACCCCAGCACUCAUUUGCCGCCUUUUGAAAGGAACAUCUUUCUAAGCGCCCAAGAAAUACCGUCUUCUUUCGGGGUUGAAACUACCAGCUCCUCUAGACACGAGCCCAAGUCUAGGCUUUCCGUACGAAAAGACUACGAGUCAUCCACAGAAGCCACUGCUAAACACAACCAGAGGUACUUGAACAAGUAUAGACACGAGCUACGCCUCAUGGGCAUCAUAGAUGGCGUCGUUUCGGUCGCGCCCCAGGAAUCUGGUGCAAAUAACCAUAUGAAGAGAGCUCUAGAAGACGAAACUAAUGAGCACAUCGAGUCCAAACGAGUCCAAAAGCAAAGCUACGUUACUGACGGCGAAAUAACAGAAAAGUCGUUUGACUACUUCUGCACUGUGCUUGCAAACCUAUUGGAUGCAAUGCAAAAUACCUCAGAUCCAGACCCACACUGGGUGCACUACAACGGGGUUCAAGUACCCUCCAUCAACACCUUGCUAGUGCUAUAUGAUUGCUUGUACAGAAUCGCAAAGCAUCCAAUCGUCCAUCAAACAAAAAUGGAGCAUAUAUUCAAAUUUCAGGAAGUUUGUCUAAAUGCAUUGGAAGAAGCGAAGCAGCGAAGUUGGAACGAAAUUCAGAACCUCAUUAAGGAGGAUGAUGUGAAGUUCGAACAAUCCAUUGGCUUGGUCCAACGCUUUUUCGAGGACUGCUUUACAUUCAAUAUGAUCUCCAAAAUCAUGAUGAAGAUCUUGGUGGGAAAGUGGCCUGAAAAAAGAGUAUACCUUGAUGAAUACCUCCAGGGGGUGGUAGACUUGACUUCACAGCUAGUGGAUGAUAUCAUCAGACCAGUCUGCGUAUUGAGCUCCGACUCCCAGCAAAAAUUAAAGGUUCUACGUCCAAUGUUCUCCACAUUGUCAAACGACCUCUGUGCUAUUUUUGAAAUGCUAACCGAGUAUAUCUCACAAAAUGUGAUGGAGGAAAGUCUUUUGACCAAAUUGGAGUACCUUUCAACCGUAUUGAUCUUUUUGGACGGAAACAGGAAAGAAAAACUGUCAGUGUUGGGGACGAAUACCCUUGAAAAUUUGAAGAUAGCAUCUUUGAACUUGCUCGUGACCGUUUACAAAACCUCCAAGGAUCAACGAGAGUUUAUCUUGAACGAAGUCCUUUCAAACUUGGAGAAGCUCCCAACACAGAAGUUGAUUGCAAGGCAAUAUAAAUUACUCAGAGGUAGUAACAUACAGCUAGUCACUGCAUUGCUAGUCAAAUUUGUGGAGGCCAGUGCUGAGCCAACGCUCAUUGCUGAGCUAUUAUCCGAAGAAUAUAUUUCCGAAGUCAAUAACCACCAGAAGUGCCUAGCUGUUGUAAAGCAGUCCACACAAGUGGUUCAAGGGCUGUUGGAUAUAUCAACUGAGAUUGCUUCCUAUUUGUUGAACCGACUUUCGAAGAGUACUGAACAGCAUUCCAAGCAACUUUUGGAACUCCUAGUUGAGGAUUUGUUGAUAUUGCUUAGCCUACCCGAAUGGUCAAGCUCGGAAAAUUUGCUCAGCUCUAUAAUGAAGGUAUUUUUAGCUGCAAUACAAUCCCAGACUUGCUCUGCUUUGCUAGAGAAUUAUUUGUUGGAAGUUUUAGGUGUGACAGCAGAAAAGAUACUUCAUCUCAGGAAUUUACCCGGAAGCCAUUUAACAUUAACAGAGCAUGCUCUUGAGACCGAUAUCGCACUUAUACAGAAUUGUAUGAUUGACUCCUUGGUUUCCUUGCAGGGAAAAGUAUCAGAAACCGCCAGCACCUCAGCGUCCAGAACUUUCUUGGUGUCUAAAUUUAUAAAAAUGUUACAGCCAUUAGUGGAGUCAAAUGGUACAGAUAAUCCACAAUUAGAUUCUAGUGGUGAGGAAGACGUUUUGCAGAAGAAACCGAUGUUAUUGACUCUUUAUCAGGCAUUGAUCAGUGUAUUCAAUGGUGAACUGAUCAAAAGAAACAACUUUGAUAGCGAGCAGUCUUCAACAAUCUCAUACAGAAGUCUUUUGCUAUCCCAGGAAUUACCCGAGUUAUAUGAAAACUUUCUUACCACCCUCCUCCAGUGUAUGGAAAGCUCUAAAACAAAAUCCAAAUCCCGUGCAGUUAAGAUCUUAUCCAGCUUGGUUGAAGUGGAUCCCACCUUGCUAAUGUCGCCUUACAUCCAAGAUUCCAUUUCCAGCAGACUCCUGGAUUCAUCUCCUUUGGUUCGAGAUGCUGUUGUUGAUUUGGUAAGCAAGUACUUGAGUUCCAAACCAGAAUUGAUACAAGGUUUCCAUAGGGCGAUAUGCGAUUGCAUGAACGAUGAUAGUGUUCAAGUUCGGAAACGGGUGAUACGAUUGUCCAAAGAAAUGUAUAUCAAUAGUCAUUCCAAGCAAGUCAGAGUGAAUAUUGCCUCUAAAUUACUAAUGCGCUUGGCUGACGAAGAUGAUGCUAUCCAGGAGUUAGCCAAGAGCUAUUUGUUGGAUGUGUGGUUCGUUUCAUUGGAGAAAGAAAAAGCUGUCCAAAAUAAACCGGUGGCCAGUGCAUCAGCCAUGAAGAGAGGCGAGGUAAUGGUCGAGAUAGUGACCGCAGGAGGGAAGACUGUUCAGAGUUUUGAGAACUUCUUGGUGGACGAUGUGCUUUCCAAUAAUAGGGACCUGAUUAAAGGUUCAUUGAGUUUAAUAGUGGACUCCGUAUUAGAUUCUAUUAUUGAACUGGAGGAGUCUACCCAGGACAGUUCGAAAGACGCCACGGAAGAUUCACUGAAUUCCAAUAAGGAACCCAAGUCCAAGAUCGUCCAAAUUGAAAAUUCGAUGAAACUAAUCUCGACCUUUGUUAAGUGCGAGAGCUCCCUUCUUUCACAGGAUCAAUUGACGUCGUUGCAGCCGUUUAUCAUCGAGGAUCAGAGCUCAGGGAAUAAGCUAUGCUUCUACGGGUUAGAGAUUUUACACUACACAUUGAAGGGAAUUGACUCUUUGAGGCCCGACUUUUUGGAUUACGUCCAGCCCCAUUUACUCAGACAGCUCACCAAAUUCAACCUGAAAGAGCUUCAGGUAGCCAUGCCAUGCGUAUGGAAACUAAGCGAGAUGAAGAAUGAAACUGCUAAGCUAGCAAAUGCAACUAUUUCAUGCCUUAAACAUAUCAGACCGUUCAUAGAUGAUAUGAAAAAGCUGAAGAAUCCAAAAGCAAAAUCCGAAGACUUUCAACUGACUGAUGUUCCUAAGUUGCAGAAGUUGUUACACCUCCUAGGCUGUUUUGGAAAAUAUUGCAAGCUUGAGAGACACCGUGAAGUGUUUUUGAAAACACUGCUUGGGCUCAAAGCUAAAGAGUCGGUGGUUAGCUUGAUUAUAAAGUUUCUAUUGUACUUCACUUAUCUGGCUACGAAUCCUAGCAUAAGAAACACCGCCAUUACCAACAUAAUCAACAUUUGCUCGUCCCAUCCAAAGCUAUUCAUGUCUGGAGCCAUCUUGAAAGUCAUUGAUCAGGAAUUUGAGUCGAACGACUUGUCCACAGUUCACGGAAUUGUGUAUGGACUCAUGGAGUUCCUUAAAACAGAAGAAAAUGAGACAUACAAAAAAAAUGGUUCUUCAAAGAAGCUAUCCAAUGAGUCUGAACUUGACGUGGCAGUUUUCCACGGCAAUGCCAAAAGCUACGUUAACGAUGGGAUAUGCGCUGGGAUAGUCCAACGGUAUAUUCACCGCAUCCUCAAAUUAUGUCUUGAAGAUUCCGGGCAUUUUUCCUACCUACCAAUCCAAUUUUUGCAGUUGGUGAUUAAGUUGGGCUACGCUAAUCCUAAAUUGUGCAUUCCCACCAUUAUAGCAUUGGAAUCAACCACAAACUCUGUGAUUGGGAAAAUCGCCACAGACCUCCACAAAGAGCUUUAUGAUAAACACGAAUCUUUAACGGGAACUAGCUAUGUGGAAGGAAUCAAGUUGGCAGCAGACUACCGGAAAAGGGUAUCGCAGGCAUACCUCGAGGAGAUAGAAUUCUUUGAAAGCAUAUACCAGAUAGUAAGAAACAGUUCCCUUUCAAGAAAGAAGUUUGUUCAAUCGUUGUGCAAAGUGUUGGUGGUGAGUGCCCAAGUGGAAAAGAAGGACGAUAAAGUCGAUCUCCUUUCAUUGAUACCAUACGUGUCGAAGAAUAUUGCGUUUGUUAAGUUUGCCAUACUCGAAGAAGUUCUUACCUUGAUCAGUUGCUUGGAUAAGCAAAUUGCCACUACUGGGGUAGAUUUAAUGGAUCUAGUUGACUCAAAGCACGUUGACCAGCAAUCUGGUGAAAGUACCAAAUUGUUUCAAGCAAUGAUUACCAUAAUCGACCUCAGACAGCACUUAGUGAGUAAAUAUGGCGUCACUCCAGAACAAAUCGAUGCCUUUCGCCCCGGGAAAGUUGAUAACGAAUUACGGCAGCCUUUGAAGGCUGCAAACCACGGUAGCUUCGAGCUAGCUGUGUGGUAUCCAACUCCAAGUGAAACGGAGGUUGUAACGAUCAUUGAAGCAUUCCAAAAACGCAUGGAGCUUUUAUGA